UUGAGCCGCUCGCUGGCACCGAUGGCCACCCCAAUGGCCACCCCGGUGGUCACCCUGGCUCCCAGGCAGCCCUCCCUGCUCCAGCUCUUCAGGGGGCUCUUGAGGGUCCCAUGGUGGAUACAGAAGCCCAGAGUGGAGGAGCUGGGGCCAGCUGAGGGGUGCAGCAGCCCAGGGAAGCCCCCAAACUGGGAGCACUGGGAGGAUGGCCAGGGGAAAAGCCACCUGGCCACUUGGGCUCCCUGCUGUCCUUCCCCUCUCCAGCUCCUCAGGGGGCUCUGGGGGCUGCUGGGGAGCCUGUGGGGGACACAGCAGCCCCGGGAGGAGGAGCUGGGGGCAGCUGAGGGCUGCAGCCACCCAGGGCAGCGCUGGGAUGGUGCCAGCAGGGAGAGCAUGGAGUCACUGCUGGGGAAGCUGGAGGAGCUCAGCAUCAGAGGCUGCCUGGUGCUCAGCACCAGUGACCAGGAGCUGCUGGGGGACAGCCACAGAGCCCAGCAGGCAGCAGGCAGCCAGGAGGGGACGGCCCCACCGGGAUAUUCCAGAGGCAAAGCUCUGCGGAUGAAUGGGCUCCCAGCAGCUCCGGGUGCCGAUGGAGAAGGAGUUGCCAGCCCCGAGCCAAUGCUCUCCGUGGACUCCGAUGCUGAAUGGGAGAAGCAGCAGCUCCUGGAAGCAGGUGAAGGUGCAAGGCCCCCAAAAGCAGAGAUGUCCCCAGGGAAGAGGUUCUGGAAUGCCAGCAGACAGCAAAGGGCUCCAAAUGAGGCUCCUGCCCUGGGAAGUGUGAUGGGAAGGGAGGAGGAGUCACUUCUGAGUGGGGCUGCUGCUGGCCCUGCAAACCCCUGGGAUGUGCUGCUGGCCAGGAGGUGAGCCAGGAGAGAAAUAAACUGCCAGGGGGCAGGGUUAGACAGGA